GUUUCUCCUACCUUACCACUUUGUCCCUCUGCUUCUCACUGUGAAACUUCGUUAUCUUUUCCCUUCAUUUUUACCUAUACCACUUCACUUUGCUUUCAUUCUCCCGUACCCUAUCAACUCCACUUUCCUCUUUUCCCUCUCUCUCUCUCUCUCUACCUCACACAUCACACAUUCUCAUCCUCUUUUUAAGUCCUCCCACCUCCAAAGCUGAGAGAGCCACAACACAACCAAAAGCCUAUUCACUUGGUCAAUCAUUCUCUCACUUAGCAAACAAACACUGUGUGUAGCUGCAAUGGAAGAGUAUUACUACCAGAGACAUCACGUGCCAGCAUUUGGGAGCUGGGAUUGGAAUGAUAAUCUUCCUUUUACACAAUGCUUUGAGUCUGCAAGACAGGCUGGUUUGCUAAGAUAUAGUUACUCUGAGUCUGAAGAUAGAGAUCUUUAUGUCACUGGAGACUUGUAUGAGAAUGAUUUUGUCAAACCCGCUAUGAUCGUUGUUCCUCGCAGAAGGGAAAAGGUACGUUGCCAGAAUGAAAAAGACGAAAAAAAGCAGAAUUGGGUGAGUAAUGUGAAGGAGCUACCUAGCCCAACUAGUCCAAUUCAAAGACCAAAACCAAAGCCGGUGGAUGAGGACUUGUACAAGAUCUCACCAGAGCUUCUUUAUGCCAAAAAUAGGAAGAAGAGAGGGUUGUGUUUCUUUCCAAGCUGCUUGAUGCCUACUUGCAUUGCUUGAGAUCCAAGGAAAUUUGAGGAGCCAAUGUACAUAUAAGUGAAAUAGAUGAUAGAUACUUGAUUGAAUGAUAUUUAUUUACAACGGGACCUAGAAGAUUAUCAUUAUAUAUUGUCACAUGAUUAUUGUGGCAAGGACUUUGUUGUUUAUUCUUUAGACUUAAACCGUUUAGUUUUUGCUGGGGUGUUUUUAAUUAGUCUUUGAUGUACUUUGGGGUGAAUCAUUGUUAGGAAUUGAACUUUGGAAGUAAAAGCUCUGUGACCAGAAGUUUAAAGGAAAAAAGGGUUUAAAAAGUUUUUGUUCCUGUCAGAUAAUCUGAUGAAUAUUCUCCUCAGUGAAGCUCCAUGUAUGUUCUUGAUUUAGAGUUAAGGGGGAAUGCUAGAGGCCCUUGUAUACUAAAAUUGGACUUUGUAUAUAACAAUGCUGAUAGCAUGCAGGUUAUUAAUUCAAUUAAAGUCAAAAUUAAUUUUGUUUUGACUUUGGUU